AUGGAACCUGCAUCCAAUUUCUCUUCGGACAUUUUGACAACACUGUGCCAAAUACAGGACUGGGGGCCCAUUUCUUUCUUUCUUUCUUUUUUUCUUUCUUUCUUUGCUUCACUUUUCUUUCUUUGCUUCACUUUUCUUUCUUUCUUUGCUUCACUUUUCUUUCUUUCUUUCUUUCUUUUUUUCUUUCUUUCUUUGCUUCACUUUCUUUCUUUGCUUCACUUUUCUUUCUUUCUUUGCUUCACUUUUCUUUCUUUCUUUCUAUCUUUCUUUCUUUCUUUCUUUCUUUCUUUCUUUGCUUCACUUUCUUUCUUUGCUUCACUUUUCUUUCUUUCUUUGCUGCACUUUUUCUUUCUUUCUUUCUUUCUUUCUUUUUUCUUUCUUUUUUCUUUCUUUCUUUUUUUUUUUUCUUUUUUUUCUUUCUUUGCUUCUUUUCUUUCUUUGCUUCACUUUUCUUUCUUUCUUUUCUUUCUUUCUUUCUUUCUUUGCUUCUUUCUUUCUUUCUUUCUUUUUUCUUUCUUUCUUUGCUUCCUUUUCUUUCUUUCUUCACUUUUCUUUCUUUCUUUGCUUCACUUUUUUUUCUUUCUUUGCUUCACCUUUCUUUCUUUCUUUCUUUGCUUCACUUUUCUUUCUUUCUUUCUUUCUUUUUUUCUUUCUUUCUUUGCUUCACUUUUCUUUCUUCCUUUGCUUCACUUUUCUUUCUUUGCUUCACUUUUCUUUCUUUCUUUCUUUCUUUCUUUCUUUGCUUCUUUUCUUUCUUUUCUUUUUUCUUUCUUUCUUUGCUUCCUUUUCUUUCUUUUAGCCACUUUUCUUUCUUUCUUUGCUUCCUUUUCUUUCUUUCUUUCUUUCUUUGCUUCACUUUUCUUUCUUUCUUUUUUUCUUUCUUUCUUUGCUUCACUUUUCUUUCUUUGCUUCACUUUUCUUUCUUUCUUUGCUUCACUUUUCUUUCUUUCUUUCUUUCUUUCUUUCUUUCUUUGCUUCACUUUUCUUUCUUUCUUUUUUUCUUUCUUUCUUUGCUUCACUUUUCUUUCUUUGCUUCACUUUUCUUUCUUUCUUUGCUUCACUUUUCUUUCUUUCUUUCUUUCUUUCUUUGCUUCACUUUUCUUUCUUUCUUUCUUUCUUUCUUUCUUUGCUUCACUUUUCUUUCUUUGCUUCACUUUUCUUUCUUUGCUUCACUUUUCUUUCUUUCUUUCUUUCUUUUUUCUUUCUUUUCUUUCUUUCUUUCUUUCUUUCUUUCUUUCUUUGCUUCACUUUUCUUUCUUUCUUUUUCUUUCUUUUCUUUUCUUUCUUUUCUUUCUUUCUUUGCUUUUCUUUUCUUUCUUUCUUUUUUUCUUUCUUUCUUUCUUUUUUUUUCUUUGCUUCACUUUUCUUUCUUUCUUUGCUUCACUUUUCUUUCUUUCUUUCUUUCUUUACUUUUCUUUCUUUCUUUGCUUCCUUUUCUUUCUUUCUUUCUUUCUUUCUUUCUUUUCUUCACUUUUCUUUCUUUCUUUGCUUCACUUUUCUUUCUUUCUUUCUUUCUUUCUUUCUUUCUUUCUUUCUUUCUUGUUGAGUCCUUAUCAUCACAAGAAUUAUCCGGAUUAUUAA